AUGGUAGUCACUGCACAUUAUAUAGAUGAAGAGUGGAAGCUUCACAAGAAAAUUAUCUCUUUUGUCCCUGUUACUUCACACAAGGGUGAGUACAUUGCAAAAGCACUUGAAACUUGUUUGCUAGAGUGGGGGCUUAGGAAUGUAUUUACUGUGACAGUAGAUAAUGCUUCAUCAAAUGAUACUGCUAUUGAUGGGCUGAAAGAAUGUGAUAGUGCUGUGAAGAAGGUUAGGGAGGUUGUUAGGUAUGUCAGAAAUUCACCUGCUAGGUUGAAGAAAUUUAGGGAUUUGUCAGCCUUAAUUGGGAUUGAGCAAAAAUCCUCUUUGUGUCUUGAUGUGCCAACAAGGUGGAAUUCCACCUAUAUGAUGUUACAGUCUGCUCUAUUAUACCAGAAAGUGUUUGAGGCUUAUGAAGAGAGUGAUAAUUCUUUUAAAUCAGAUUUGGGUUCUUGUAUUCCUGACUUUCUGGAUUGGGAGUCUGUGAAAAGCUUGGUCAAAUUGUUGAAAUGCUUCUAUGAGAUGACUAUCAGGAUUUCAGGCUCUUUAUAUGUGACAUCUAACACCUUUUUCUCUGAAAUAUCUGAUCUGUAUUGUAUCUUGAAUGGAAUGGUGGAAACUGAUGGUGCUGUCAAACGAAUGGGGACUAACAUGAAAGCAAAAUUUGAAAAAUAUUGGGGUGAUAUAAACAAAAUGAAUUGUAUGAUUUUCUUUGAAAACAUUUUAGACCCCAGGGACAAGUUAGAAUAUAUGCCAACUCAAUUAAAUCACAUGUAUGGUGUCAUAAAAGGAAAGGAUUUCCUUGAGAAAUUGUUGGCUGCUUUGAAUGAAUUGUUUGAUGAUUAUGCUUCUUUCUAUUGA